AUGACUGCCGAUCUCCAACCCAUCCGCAUCGUCAUGGCCUGCGACGAGGCCGGCGUGCCCCUCAAGGACGCCGUCAAGGCCCACCUGGAGAAGAACCCCCUGGUAGCCUCCAUCAUCGAUGUGGGCGUCAACUCCGCCUCCGACAAGACCGCCUACCCCCACCCGGCCGUCGAGGGUGCCAAGGUUAUCGUCGAGGGCAAGGCCGAUCGUGGCCUGUUCAUCUGCGGCACGGGUCUGGGCGUCGCCAUCGCCGCCAACAAGGUGCCCGGCAUCCGCGCCGUGACGGCCCACGACCCCUUCUCCGUUGAGCGCUCCAUCCUGAGCAACAACUGCCAGGUUCUGUGCAUGGGUCAGCGCGUCAUUGGCGUUGAGCUCGCUAAGAAGCUCGCUGCGGACUGGCUGAACUAUCGCUUCGACCCGAAGAGCGCUUCUGCCGCUAAGGUCCAGGCUAUCACCGACUACGAGAACCAGUUCCGCGCUGCUGCUGCUUAA